AUGAAGACUUCUUUGUUCCUUACUUUAUUGCCUGCUCUGGCCUCCGCUGCAGCCCUGUAUGACCACCGCGCUCUCAAAGUCCGAGAGGAAGAUAUCAAAGCCCGAGAAUACAAAUGCAAGGCCAACGUUUUGCCUGACAAGGACCUCGAGGACGCCAAGAAUAAACUGGUCAAAGAGCUUGGUGAAGGUUGGGUAGAGCCAGGAAAAUGGGCUGAGGCCGUUUCUGGAAAGGCCAAGGUCUACGUGUGUAACUACAGCGACCAGAAGAUCAAAUUCGACCAGGCCCGUAUUGAUUCGCAAAUGGCGAAAUUGACAUCUGUAUGCGGCCGAGGCACUGAAGCUGGCUUGAUCAGAGAAGUAGCGGAGUUUGGAAAUAUUGGACGCGAUGUCUGGGAUUUCAAGUACUGCAAGACUCUCCGUGGCAUAGAAGAUGACGAGGGAGAGGGAGAAGGGGGUGAGGGUGAAGGUGGAGAGGGUGAGGGUGGAGAGGGCGAAGGAGAGGGAGAGGGAGAGGGCACAGACGAGUGAGAGACUGAGUGAGGCACAGAGUAGAGUUCGGCAAAGAGCAACUGAUUCUAAAAGCUUUUGGCCUAUCUCAUGGCUCUGAUGCCAGCAGUCAUCCGUUUCUCUAUAAUCAACGAGCAGCUCGAAUGUCACUGGACAGUAGUGUUCUCGGCAAGUCCUUCCGCCCACCAAAUCUUUACUGGUCAUAUUUUCCCUUACUCGAUAUUGAUAUAUUGUUUGCAAACAUUUGUACUCAGAUCUCCCACGUCUCUGUGGAUCCCGCU